GAGGGCCACCAGAGGCUGCACCGAGCCGUAGCUACCGACUGUCUGCCGUUAUACAACCGUAUAAAAGUGGAUAUCGACGUUUGUUUGUGCCGCUUUUAGUUUAAGCUCGUUAGCUUAGCUGCUAACUUCGUCUCGUGCUGCGUUCAGGUGACCUGGGAAACGAGGCUGGCUCUGAAAUGUGAUGAGAAAGCGGAAUAACUCGCUGACUGUGGAGAAUGACAGCGGGACCACUCUGCUGGACAGCGACCCGGACCUGAAGCAGCGUCCCGGCAGGAGAGCAGCGGGGCCCGCAGCGGGAGGCCGGCAGGGCCCGGGAGAGGACGGGAGCAUGGGGAAAGCGUUCCGGAGGCUGGGUCUGGUGGGGAAGCUGAAGAGGGUCCUGCUGUGGCUGCUGGUCGUCUACGUCUCGAUACCCGUCAUCAUCAAACUGUGUCCUUCAAUACAGGCCAAACUCGUCUUCCUCAACUUCGUGAGGUUGCCGUACUUCAUCGACCUGAAGAGACCUUUGGACCAGGGACUGAACCACACACACAACUUCUACCUGGAGCCUGAAACUGGACUGAAGAUCGGAGUCUGGCACACAGUUCCUGCUCAGAUGUGGAGAGAAGCUCAGGGGAAACAGGGCGACUGGUACGACUCCAUGUUGACCUCCACUCACCCUCUCAUCCUCUAUCUCCAUGGAAACGCAGGGACCAGAGGAGGAGACCACAGAGUGCAGCUGUACAAGGUCCUCAGUUCAUUAGGCUACCAUGUAGUGGCGUUUGAUUACCGAGGCUGGGGGGAUUCAGACGGCUCUCCCUCAGAGGGGGGGAUGACAUCAGACGCUCUCUUCAUCUACGAUUGGCUGAAACAGCGGCUGGACACCAAAACGCCGAUUUACAUCUGGGGACACUCUCUGGGGACGGGAGUUGCCACCAACCUGGUCAGACGUCUGUGUGACAGAGGAAGUCCUCCUGGCGCUCUGAUCUUAGAGUCUCCGUUCACCAACAUCAGAGAGGAGGCCAAGAGCCACCCCUUCUCCAUGGUGUACAGGUACCUGCCUGGCUUCGAUUGGAUCUUCCUGGACGCCAUCACAGCCAACAACAUUCGCUUCGCCAGCGAUGAGAAUGUGAAUCACAUCUCCUGUCCCGUCCUCAUCCUGCACGCCGAGGACGACAGCGUGGUUCCCUUCCACCUGGGCAAAAAGCUCUACAACAUGGCCUCCCAGUCAAAGAGCCUCAGUGGUCACAAGGUUCAGUUCGUUCCUUUCUCUUCCUCUCUGGCCUACAAGCACAAGUUCAUCUACAGGAGCCCGGAGCUGCCAAACAUCCUCAGUGAUUUCUUCGGCUCAGCUCACCAACAGACGGAUGAUUCAGCCUGAAAACAACCUGUCUCUCUCUCUCUCUCACACACACACACACACACACACACACACACACACACACACACACACACACACACACACACACACACACUCUCUCACACUCUCUCUCACACACACACACACACACACACACACACACACACACACACACACACACACACACACACACACACACACACACACACUGUUUGUUCAAUCGGACUGAACUUUUUCGCAUGAACUGAACACAUCAUUCUUCCUCCCUCCCGCAUUCCUCUCCUCACGCCAACACGGUGGCGCCGACGUGUUCGUAGGUACGGCAGCAAAAGAGGAAGAAGACGAUCGAACCAAACUGGACUAAAACGGACGUUAAAGAUUUCUGUUUUUAUCUUUUUAACACUUUAUCAUGGCGGCCCGACGCACUGAGCCGUCGGCUAGGUUCUUUAAUCAGUGUGAUUUUAAUCUUUGUUGGUUUCUGUUGUCGGUUUUACUCUGUUGGGUCCAUCUGAUCAUGUCUGACUCUUCUGCCUGAAGCUUCUCAGUUUGUUAUUAAAAAUGUCUUCUCAGUUUGACAGCCUGUUAUGACUUGAAUCAUCAAUUAAAUAUUUCUUGUUUUAUGAA